AUGGCCGCAUCGUCUACAUUUAUUCGUGAUGCAACGCCAAAUGUUAAUGUUAAUAAAAACAAAAAUAUAUCUAUCAAUAAUCUAAAUCGUAGUAAUGAACGUGCACUUGACGAAGCGAGCCAUACGGGUGAACUUAAUUUGAGUGGUCGUACUCUUCGAGAAUUUCCUAAUUACAAAUGUGAUCUAUCUGAUACAACUGUUGCUGAUUUGUCUCGUAAUCGUUUUGUUGAGUUUCCACGUAUAUUAUGUUCAUUUUUUUCUCUUGAACGUUUAAUUCUUUAUCACAAUGCAAUUAAAUCAAUACCAGAGCAAAUCGUUCAAAUUCAUAUGCUUCACACUCUUGAUUUAAGUCGCAAUCAACUUGCCUAUAUUCCACCGGCAUUAUGUAAAUUACCGAAUUUAGAAGUUUUAAUUAUUAAUAAUAAUAAACUUGUUUCACUACCGGAAGAAAUUGGUCAAUUAGAAAAGCUAAUCGAAUUAGAUGUCAGUGCAAACGAUAUAACACAAUUACCCUAUCAACUAGGGACAUUAUCAACACUUCGUACAUUAAAUAUGCGUCGAAAUACGAUUAUUGAAUUGCCAACAGAAUUAUGUGCAUUGAAAUUAAUCUAUUUGGAUUGUUCAAAUAAUAAAAUUGUUCGUUUACCAUUAAACUUACGAGACAUGAAUAGUUUAAUUGAACUUAACGUUGAAAAUAAUCCACUGGAACUUCCACCAUCUUCGAUAUGUACUCUUGGUUUACUUCAUAUAAUGCGCUUUCUACUUAUCGAAGCAAUGAAAGAAGAGAAGCGACGUGGAAUUUUAACAGAACAUGAAAUCAAUGAAAAAUAUAAAAAUUCAUUUUCAUAUCAAACAUCAAGAAAUUUGCAAUAUGGUAUAAAACUACGAACGACUGUGGUGCCAUCUGAUUCUGGCUAUUUAACAACUGAAGGAAGUGAAAAAACAGUUGGCGACGACGAUUCUAUAUUAAGCAUAUCCAGUGAACAUACCCUUCGAAAUGAACCUACCCUAAUGCUUACCUUAGCUGACGAAUUUUCUAAAGAAUUAGCCAGACAAAAAGCUGAAUAUGAAAAAAAGAAAAAUCAAGCUCAACAACUAAAACGACAUUUAUUACAACAGUUAGGAGAAACUGAGACUCAAAGAGCAAAAGCGCGUGAAGUUGCUCGAAGAUUUCAUGAUGAAAAAUUUGCUAAAAUGGAAAAACAACGUGAAGAUGCUCGACGUAAAAUGGAGAACAGUAAAAAUAUGCAAUUAUUCAAUUUUUCAUCGAAAGAUGAUUAUCAAAAACCACGUUCAUGGUUAUCGAAUAAAACAACAUUAAUUCGUCAAUUAUCAAGUUGUGAAUCAUCGGCGCCCAGUAAAAUUCUCAAUGAAUCAUUAAUUAAUACAAUGAAUGAAAAAAAUAAAGAUGAUAAUUCAUAUCAACGUUCGAUAUCUAUUGAAAAUGCAACAUUAGACGAACACGAAAAACGAUCAAAUCGUGCUGUUAGCGUCGAACCUAAUUUAAUAUCCGGUGGAAAUGAUGUUAAACAUUUUUAUAAGCAAAAAACUUUACCGAAUGGCUCAACAAUGCAAUAUGAUAGUACAAUAAUAACGAACCGACAAUUUAUGCUAAGUUCAGACACCAUGGAUCAAUCAUCAACAUCAUCACAAAGUUUAUUAGCGAGUCCAAACAAUAGUUUAACUCGAACGGAUAUAUCUGAUAAAUCGUUAUCUCCUCAACACAAUCGAUUAACUAGAUUACGUUACUUUGAUGACCGUCCAAUCAAUCCGACUGUUGCACGUGUGCCUGGUUUUCAUAUGCAACCAAGAAUAAAUUCAAUAGCAAACGGACAACAUCAGCAAUCACCAUUAGAUAGUCCAGGUGUCAAUCCAGCAUUUACUAUGCGUCGACAUUUACUUCACGCAAAAGAAGAUUAUAUUCAAAUAGAACAAAUGAAAAAAACAGUCGAAGACCGUGUUAAAGUUACAUUACCCGAUGAUAUUAGUUAUGCAUUAAGUGAUGGCGUAGUUUUGUGUCACUUUAUCAAUCAAAUUCGGCCACGUGCUGUUCAAAGCAUUCAUGUACCUUCGCAAGCAGUUCCACGAUUAUCCUUAGCUAAAUGCCGACGAAAUGUUGAAAAUUUUAUUGAAGCAAGUCGUCGUCUUGGUGUUCCAGAAACCAUUAUGAGUUUUACAAAUGAUUUGAAAUUACCAACAUAUGAAGAACUUGAAUGUCCAGUAGUGAAUAUUUCGUCGCCUGCACUUCGAGCUGGAAGCUUUCAUUUAGCGAAAUAUUGUGAUUCACAAUUUAAAGAAUUUAUGUUAUGUCGACAGGAAGAACAAGAUCCAAGAAAAUGUGUAAAGGAAGGCAAAGAAGUUUCAUUAUGUUCCAUUGACUUUUUUCGUCAAGUACGUGACACAUGUAAUGAUACAUUUACAACAUUUUGGACAUGUUUGGAUAAUUCUCAAGAUGGUGAAAUGUCAUUCAAUUACUGUAAAGCGGAACAAAAAGCAUUUGAACUAUGUGCUAAAAAUAAAAUGAAUUUAGAACGGCCUGAACCUGGUUAUUUUUCGAUGGUUCGAAUGCAUGAUAGUAAACGACCUGUACCAUCGGAUCCAUUCCGAAUUGGCUCAUUAGAACGACAUCCACCAAAAUUAGAAGUACCAGAUCCACCAUUAAUAUCUCAAGCUAAUGAAUAUCCCGAAGCGAAAAUCGGAAUGAAAUUCGGACAUCGAAAACCUUGGAUGUUCGAAGGAAAAUUAUGGGAUUGA